AACGGUUUAAAGCAUAUACGUAUGGUGCACUCUACAAUUGCCCAACUCUCUUUAUAUCGCUUUCUCUUUUCCAUUUCCUCUCAAUUCUCUCUACAUUUUUCAGAGAAGAGGAAGAAGGGAAAUUUCAAAAUUCAUGCAAAAAAUGGCGAAAUUGUUUGUACUUUUAGCUCUGUUAAUGCUGCCGGCUAUUGCUAGUGCACACUUCGCCGGCAACCCAUUUCUUGUAACGGGGAUAGUAUAUUGCGAUACUUGCCGCUGUGGGUAUGAGACCUACGCCAGUAAAGUCCUCGCUGGUGCUGCAGUUAUAAUUCAGUGCAAAAAAAAUGACAAGCUCACAUACCAAAUUGAGGGUGUGACUGACUCAACCGGUUCGUACAAUAUACUCGUACACGGUGACCGUGGGGACGAUGUAUGUGAUGCAAUGUUGGUCAAGAGUUCAGACCCUGAAUGUGCCACUCCUAACAGAGGUCGUGACCGUGCCCGUGUCAUCCUCACUCGCAACAAUGGCAUGACCUCAGACACUCGAUUUGCCAAUGCCAUGGGAUUCCUCAAGAAUGAGCCAUUGGCAAGCUGCCCCCAGAUCCUCCAGAAAUAUCAAGAAGCUGAAGAUUGAAGUUACUAGUCUAUUGCAUUCCUCUAUAACAUGUAAGCUUCAAAUGUUGUAUUAGAACUUGAUGAUGGUGUUGUAUCGUCUUUAGGGAAUCGUGAUUAAUUUAAUGUGUUGUUAUGUAAUAGCUUAUUGUGCUUUGACUUCAAAUAUUAAGAUUGUCACAAGAUAUCUGUUUUCUACGUCUUGUUUUUAUGAAUAAACAUUGCGAAAAACAUUGCACCACAUAA